AUGACUCCUCCAAUCGCCACCUUCGCUCACCCCGCCUCGACCGAGGCGCCUCCCGCCGUACACCCCUCCCACCCCUCCAAAGGCACGUUUACCCAUCGGACGCCUUCCACCUUCACCCAGCAUGUUCCCAUCCCCGCCGGUUCUGAACCGAUCGAGGACUUCUCAGGCAACUACCGUUUCGCCCCUAUCAAAGAAUCGCAUACCUCUCGCGCAAUGACUUCGCGCUAUAUGGCUGAUAUGCUUUCUUGUGCCGUAUCCGACAUUGUCAUCAUCGGUGCUGGUUCUGCUGGUCUAACGUGCGCCUACACGCUCGCCAAGUCUCGUCCCGACCUCAGCAUUACCAUCUUGGAAGCCAGUGUUGCUCCUGGAGGAGGAGCUUGGUUGGGAGGUCAAUUGAUGAGUGGAAUGGUGAUUCGCAAGCCUGCUCAUAACCUCUUGGUCGAACUAGGUGUGCCUUUUGACGACCAAGGUAGCUAUGUUGUUGUUAAACACGCAGCUUUGUUCACCUCGACUCUUAUGAGUAAGCUACUUGCCAUGGAUAAUGUGAAACUCUUUAAUGCCACUUGUUGCGAGGAUCUCAUCAUCAAGAAAGACAGCCAAGGCGUCCAGAGGGUUAAUGGCGUGGUAACCAACUGGACACUCGUUACAAUGGCUCACGGUUUACAAAGCUGUAUGGAUCCUCAAACCAUCACAGCUCCUGUCGUUAUUGGCGCCUGUGGUCAUGAUGGUCCCUUUGGCGCCUUCUCUGUCAAACGUCUCUCUUCUGCCGGCCUGAUUAAACUGGGCGACAUGAGACCUAUGGAUAUGAACCAUUCCGAAGGUCUAAUCGUAAACAACACAAGAGAAGUCUUCCCAGGCCUCAUCGUCAGCGGCAUGGAACUCUCCGAACACGACGGACAUCCCAGAAUGGGCGCCAGCUUCGGCGGCAUGAUCGGUAGCGGUCAAAAAGCUGCCUAUGAGGCUAUCAAGUUGUUCGAUAGUCUCGAGAUCCACGACGGCGAAGUAGUUUGUACUAAGCACUAA